CUUUUCACUCUGGUAGACCGGUAUGCCAUCCAUGAAUCUUCCUUUUCUUCUUCAUCUCACCUUAUUCUCCAUUAAAUUUCAGGACAAAAAUGAACCGCCUCCAGAGGGUCACUUGCCACAGGCCACCAAAGGUUCGGAUCACCUGAGAGAUGUCUUCGGGCACAUGGGUCUUACUGAUAAAGACAUUGUUUGUUGCUUUAUUCGGUGGUCAUACACUGGGCAGGUGCCAUAAGGAGCGUUCUGGAUUCGAGGGACCCUGGUCUUCCAAUCCUCUCAUUUUUUAUAACUCCUAUUUCAAGGAACUUGUGAGUGGAGAGCAAGAAGGUCUGAUCCAGUUGCCAUCCGACAAAGCAUUUAUGGAAGAUCCUGUCUUCCGCCCUCUUGUCCACAAAUAUGCUGCGGUGCGUAUAAUUUCACUUAUUUCAGUUUAUUUAUCCUUGUCUGUUGAAAUCUCUCGAGAAAUUCUUACACAUGACAGUUCAUUUCAAUUUAUUUAUCUUUGA